UCGAAAGCGUAGUGGCCUAGGUUAACGGUUAACCGUUAUAUGCAGUAUCAGACUAACAAUGAAAACUUCUUCAUUCUUCGUGGCUUUGCUGUUGCUGUCUCUCACUUCUUCAGAUUUGUUUGUGCAAACCCGGGGCUUUAAUUUUGGAAUCAACUACGGACAACUUGGCGACAACCUUCCAUCUCCCUCUAGUGUGGCUGCUCUGAUAAAAUCUCUGAAAGUCUCCAAAAUCAGACUCUAUGAUUCUAAUCCAGAUAUUCUAUCCGCAUUCGCCAAUUCAGGAGUGGAGUUCAUCAUAGGAACGAGGAACGAGGAUCUGCCGAGCUUGAAAGACGCUUCUAAUGCUCAGAGGUGGAUUCAGCAGCAUGUCCAACCUUAUAUUUCCCGAACCAAAAUCAUCUGUAUAGUUGUCGGAAACGAGGUGUUCGACUCCAAUAACCCUCAGCUCACAACAAGUCUUCUCCCUGCAAUGCAAAGUAUGUACAAUGCUCUUGUUAGUCAAGGACUUGCACAGAAGGUUACUGUUACUUCUGCACAUUCUUAUAAUGUUAUAGCCUCCUCAUACCCUCCUUCAUCUGGGGCCUUCAGACAAGAUCUGAUACAGUAUAUUCAAUCCAUUCUUAGCUUUCAUGCUCAGACCAAAUCACCUUUUCUCAUCAAUGCAUAUCCCUUUUUUGCAUACAAGGGAAACCCAAACCAGAUUUCCUUGAACUAUGUGCUGUUUCAACCUAAUUCAGGGUCUACUGAUCCAGUUACCAAUUUGCAUUAUGAUAACAUGUUGUUUGCUCAAAUUGAUGCUGUCUACGCUGCCAUUAAGAGACUGGGCCAUACUGAUAUUGAAGUCAAGAUUUCAGAAACUGGUUGGCCUUCUAAAGGUGACCCCGGUGAAAUUGGAGCCACACCACAGAAUGCAGAAACAUAUAAUAGUAAUCUGCUGAAAAGGAUAGAACAGAAUCAGGGUACUCCUGCAAAACCAUCUGUUCCAAUUGAUGUUUUUGUCUUUGCACUCUUCAAUGAGAAUUUGAAGCCUGGUCCUUUAUCAGAGAGAAACUUUGGUCUCUAUUAUCCUAAUGGCAACCCAGUUUAUAACAUUGGAUUAAAAGGUUAUCUUCCAGGAAUGAUUGGGAAGUCAAAUUCUAACGUGUUGUCUAUUAAUUUUGUUGUCUUCCUAUUACCAUUUUUUAUGUUCACCUGGGAGUUUUCAAGAUACUGAUCAGGAAUAUAACAAAACCAAUAACUUUUUAGAAUUCAUUCUAACUAA